AUCCGCUCUGUCGUUGCGACGAGGCUCUUUGGAUUCGCACCAACCAACCAUGUCGGCUGUUUCUACUCCUUCGGAGCAUUCUCAGAAUACCUCGCCGUUCUUUUCUCCCAUUCUAUCUCGGACGUCGAGUGUUUCCUCGCUGUCUGAUGGUGACGGACCCUCGACUACAGUCACAAGAAAUCAAGACUCCUUGGCCGCUGGUCAAAAUGAAGUGAAUCAAGUAUCUAAAGUAUGCUUCGUGGGAGCCGGCUAUGUUGGCGGACCUACAGCAGCCGUAGUAGCUCUCGCAAAUCCCAACAUCAAAGUAACAGUAGUCGACAAAGACGCCACGAGGAUCCGGAGGUGGAAUUCAAAGCACCUUCCGAUUCACGAGCCUGGACUGUACGAUGUUGUGCGAGUUGCCCGGGACGGCACGUCAAGUAUCAAUACUCACGGCCAAAAUGCCAUCCAAGGCCGCGCGCCAAACCUGUUCUUCUCUACAGACUGCGACCAAAGUAUCGCGGAAGCAGAUAUUGUGUUCCUGAGCGUGAAUACACCAACGAAGAUGCGCGGCAUAGGCGCAGGAUCCGCAACCAACACUGCGAUUUUCGAGUCGGUGAUGCGUUCUAUUGCUCGUGUAGCCAAGCCCGGAUCGAUCAUUGUGGAGAAAAGCACAGUGCCGUGUCGGACGGCAGAAGUUUUGCAAGAAAUUUUAUCCAUUUACCGACCGGGCGUACCGUUUGAGAUCUUGUCAAAUCCUGAAUUUUUGGCAGAAGGAACGGCAAUUUCAGAUUUACUACAUCCAUCACGUGUGCUUAUCGGCUCGAGCACUUCAAGCGCUGGUCUUGCAGCAGCAAAGCGACUGGCGUCUGUCUACAGCUGGGUGCCAGAAUCAGCCAUUCUACAUGUCCAUACCUGGUCUUCCGAACUCGCGAAACUGGUUGCCAACGCUAUGCUUGCGCAGCGGAUUAGUAGCAUCAACUCCAUCAGCGCCAUCUGCGAGAAGACAGGGGCAAACAUCAAAGACAUCUCCAAAGCAGUCGGCCAAGACCCGCGAAUAGGCUCCAAAUUCCUCGGAUCCGGCCUCGGAUUCGGCGGAUCCUGCUUCAAGAAGGACAUCCUCAGCCUCUCCUACCUCGCCGAAUCGCUCGACCUGCCCGAAGUCGCCGCCUACUGGAAGAGCGUCGUGGCCAUGAACGAAUGGCAAGGCAACCGCUUCGUCCACCGCGUCAUGCACUCCCUCAACGGCUCCCUCUUCGGCAAACGCGUCACCGUCUUCGGCUACGCUUUCAAGAAGAACACCGGCGACACCCGCGAAUCCCUCGCCAUCCCCGUCAUCCAGCAACUCGCCGCCGAAGGCCCCACCGAAAUCUCUAUCUACGACCCCGGCUGCGCCCCCGCAGACAUCGAGUCCGAAAUGCGCGCCUACCUACCCUCCUGCACCGCCAUCCGCGCAUACGCAGACCCCUACGAGGCCUGCGAGGGCACGUCCGCCGUCCUCAUCCUCACCGAGUGGGAUCAAUUCCGCUAUCCUCCCCUGCCCGAAGCCAGUCUCAACGUCGAGGCCGGAUCCGCAAAGCUGCAGGACGCGCUGUCACGCUUCGCACAUAUCCAGAGCCAGCUCACGCCCGCGAAGCGCUGGGCCGCGAAGCAGAUGCCGCAGGCGUUUGCGGUGGAGCCCGAGUGUGAUGCUGGGUGCGGCGAGUGUGCGCGAGGACAGCAGACUGGCGCGGCAAAGCAUGCUUCCACGGCGCAGGUUCAGUGGGAGAAGAUCGCGCCUGCUAUGGAACUACCGCGCUGGGUGUUCGACGCUAGGGGGGUGGUGGAGACGGGGCCUCUUGAAGGGCUGGGGUUUAGGGUGGAGAGUGUUGGGUGUAUGGGGACACGAGAACGGCGGCGGUAG